GGUGCAAGAGGAAGCAGUGUUAGAACACACACACACCAACAGGUUGGAACCGAGCUCACAGUCAAACAGCAACUCUCCCUGGAUAUGAACACCGUCAUCCUAAUCUCACUGCUGUGUUUGGUCUGCAGUCCUCCGGGCUCCCUGGGGUCUGCAGUCACCUUCUCCCCUGGCCUGGGCCGGGCCUCUGGGGUCGUGACCUCAGGAGAGGUGCUGAGGAUGACAGGUGAGGAGGCCGACCUGGAGGAGGAUCUCUCAGGAACACAAGCAGAAGAGUCCACGCACGACUCAGCGCUGCAGAUCAGCGAGGAGGAGAAGAGGCUAAAGAGGAAAGGAAAGGGCAGGAAGAGGAACAAACACAAACACACCACUGCCUUCCAGCCACACACGUCACACAGCAGGCUCACGUCCAACAGCACGUCAGCACACACUGCGCUCACCUCAGCCAUCGUCACUGCUGACCCCUGCAGCUCCUCCCACCUCACCUACUGCAUCCAUGGCAUGUGCAAAUACCAGGAGGACCUGAAGGAGGCUACGUGUGUGUGUAUGAAGGGCUUUGACGGCGAGCGCUGUGGCAUCCAGUUGCUGGGCAGCAGGAACGAGGAGGAGCAGGAGGGCAGCAGGGGGCUUGUGCAGACCGUGCUGGUCAUCAUCGCUGUGGUUCUGUCACUCCUGAGCUGCAUCGCCAUCCUGCUCAUGACCUGUGCUCACUACAGGACACAGAAGAACUUCCUGUCUGCGUACCUGGGCUCGGCCAGUGAGAAGCACCAACUGCAGACGCCUCGUGCUGACGUGACUGUGUCAUCACCACCAGGACCUCAGUGCUGUUGAAUUACGUCACGAUGAAUUACGUCAGGAAGACAAAGGGGCCAAGCAGUGGCACAUGGACCCGUCCACAGAACACUGUAGAACUGCCGUACAAUGUUAUUUAUUUGAUUGUUUUUAUUUAUUGAGAAAUUCCCAUGUUCCUUCAUUUGAUAAUAUUGUUGUUAGACUGUAAUGUUUACCGUCUUGGACUGUACCUAAUGUAAGUUAUUUAUUGCACUAGUCAUUAGUCACUUAGGUCAGAGUGAUGUUCUAACCCUUUAAAAGGGAAUAUAUUUUAUGUCACCAAUAAAGUCUCUCAGUGUUAAGUUAAAGCUUGU